AUGACUAUUUUUGGACAGAUUGUAGUAGGUCCUUCUGGUACAGGAAAGACUACUUUUAUUAAUGGAAUGCACCAGAUGUGUGAAGCAUUAGGUCGUCCUCAUUUAGUUUUAAAUAUAGAUCCAGCUAAUGAGAAUAUUCCAUAUAUUCCAGAUAUUGACAUUAGAGAUUUAAUAACUUUGGAUCAAAUAAUGGAAGAAUAUAAAUUAGGCCCUAAUGGUGCUUUAAUAUAUGCAAUGGAAUAUUUGAAAGUUAAUGUUGAUUGGUUAAUAGAAGAAAUUAAUAAAGAAAAAGAUAAGGGACGAUAUUUAUUGAUAGAUAUACCAGGACAAGUAGAGUUAUAUACACAUAAUGCCUCUCUUAAAGAUAUUUUAAAUGACUUAUUUGAAAUAUUAGAUAUACGUUUAACAGUUAUUCAUCUUAUCGAUUGUACCUUAUUAAGUUCUCCUACAAAUUAUAUAUCAUCACUUUUAGUAUCUUUAUCAGCCCAAAUGUCUUUAGAAUUACCAUAUAUAAAUGUAUUUUCAAAAAUAGACUUAUUAAAUACUAUAAGGGAUGAUUUACCUUUUAGAUUGGAAUAUUUUGUAGAAGUUCAAGAUUUAAAUCAACUAUUAAUAUAUUGGGAGAAUCAUUCAGCCCAAGGUAAUCAUCCAAUGGCAUUAAAAUUCCAAUUAUUUCAAAGGGAACUUGCAAAUCUAAUUGAAGAUUCGACUAUAAUGCAAUUUAUACCUGUAGAUAUUAAUGAAAAGAAUUCUGUAUUGUCAUUAUUACAACUUAUUGAUAAAGCUAAUGGGUAA